AAUCUUAAUUAAGAAUACAUUCAAUCACAUGCACAAUAUAAAAUGAUUCUUAUUUUGAUUUGGGAUGCGCACAAAAUAAAUCAAUGACUUUGGUCCUGGCCGUCCAUUGACAUAGAAAUAUGUAGACGGAUAUGCGCUAAAUUCCUGCAGGAGUAUGUGUGGAGAGCUAUCUAUCAAGAUCCUUUGUCGCUGAUAGUCCUACUUUGGUACAUGGAGACUGGGUGUUCUUGUUAAACACUCGGAUUCGUGAUGUGUGUUAUUUUGUUGAUUGUCUGGUCUACAUUAUAAUUUAAAUAAUCAGGAUGGUUGAUAGCGACAAACUCUUGUCUGAAGACGAAAAUUCGGGGGAGAUUUCCAUACCCAUACCCAUCCAGGUAUUUCUAUGGAAACAAGUGGGUCCUUUUAUAAGACCGAGGUUGGGAAAACUCCAUGAAACAUCAUGCAUGUUCUGUCCCCACCCAACCGGUCAUUUUGAGUUGAAAGAAGCUUGUAAUACAUUCGAGAAAGUUUUGGUACAAAAUUUACAAUCGGGGUUGAAACCGGAAUUGGCGGAGGCUAUUCGUUCAAUUCCAAGAUGGCGAUUAAUACAAGCUUCAUUGCCGCAUGUUAUGCAUGCUGUUGAGGCCAUGUUAUUUAACAAGAUUAAAGAUGGAAAUAUAACAAAUCUUAGUAGCGUUGAAACAAAACUUAUGUACACACUGCAUUGGUUAAUUUUGGAUGCUGCUGAAGAGUGUGCUGAUUCAGAUUACGAAAAGGGCGUAUUCCAUUCAUCGCCAUUUUACUAUUUAUUUUCCAUUUCAACAAUAACGUUAUUCAUCUAUCUAUUUGCUCCUAUUUGCCAAAAUUUGAAGGAGUCAGAUUUUCACUCAAACUUUCGGCUAGAGAACGGCCUGAAAAUAUGGCACUCGCUGUGGGAGUUUCGACAUCCAGACGCGGCCUGUUUCACGAGCCAUUGCAAACCGAAACCGAAGAAUUUGUCGGGGAAAAACACCAAAAAACAUUUUGGAGAUGUCUUUCUUGGAAGAAAACAAUCACAAGAGGAGCAUUUUGUUAGUGGAAGAGAAAGUCCUCCAAGCCAGGGAAUCAGCGCAUCAAGUUCAGAUUCACAUCCGAAUUCUCAUGGUAAUGCAAACUUACCAUCAACCGUUACUGUAACAGCCACGAUUACGAAAGUGGAUGAUGAUGGAUGGUCUUCCUCCCCAAAAGACACUGUAUUUCCAGAAACGAUACCUGAAGAAAGUUCAAGCACGGAAGAAGAACAUGUGGUUAUUUUCAGAUUGCCCUCCCUCAAUGAAGCAGACGGAUUUUUAAGAGAUCCAUCCAUUUACACGGCCGACACAAGCAUAAUUCAACUGGCUAUAAACAAGUCUGGAAGUAGACAGAAUAUGAAAGAGGCCAUUGAAAGUAAACCAUUAAGGCCACCAAUGCAAAAAGUCAGUAGUUCGUCUACUGAUAAGGAAUCAAUAGACAGCUCAAAACAACCUGAGAUGCCGAUGCAAGAUCAACACGCUCAAAAAGGAAGCACACUUCAAGCAUUCGAUAUAUCAGCAGCAACUUUUUUGGACGUAAGCGUGAUGAGGUGCCUCUUCAUCACUCAUUGGCAAGAAGAGGGGGUAUACUGGGCACUACACUACCUCUACAACAGAUUACGUGAUAUCAGCGAAGAAAGUGCUGGCCAACAACAGCCCCGUAAACGAAGUAACUCGCUCCCAAUUCCUAAAAUAGAAAUAUCUUUGUACCAAAAUGACACACGUACACAGGUUAACAAUAAGGACUUCAUCGAAGUCCCUGAACCUAAAGACGUGGCUUUAUUAGCAGGUAAAUUACGUGAGUCCCCGUAUCCAAAACUUUCGGAAGAAUCCAUCCACAAAAGGUCUGCCAGCGAAAAGUGUAAGAAACGUAUGAAAAUUGCCGAUUUGAAGGCGUUCGUGGAGACGAAGAUUCUUUCAAAGUCCGAAAAGGCUCUUGAAAGGUUCGGACGAGAAGAUACUAAGCCGCUGAGUGAUCAGAAUUUGGGGUCCAGACGAAUGAUAGAUGAGUAUCAUCGCAGUUUGGAUACAGGAGAUGACCAUAUAACUAGACCCUGUUCCGCUAUGUCGAAAAUGUUCGAGCCUCCCCAAAGUAAUCUUGUGAAGGGAAAAAGCAUGCCCAGUUUAAGCUGUUUAAUAGAUGAAUUGGCAAGUGGAGGAUAUGUGGAGGAAACGUGGCAGUACGGAAGGCCUGCUAAGUCUGCAGGAAAAAAGCCCAUAACCAAUCCUAUUAUUACUGUGACCGAACAUACACCCACGCCAUCGCCUGAUUAUCUAAGACGACAGGGUUCAAUGGAUAGUCAGUUAGACGCGUUAAGUUUAUCUGGAUGCAAGUCUGGAAAUUGGCAUGAAAGAAAAUCCAGUUUAACUCGAUCACAAACCGAUUCCAACAUAACUUACGCUGGAGAAGAUAUACCCGAAGCACCAGGAUCAGUUUGCUACAUAACCAAAGAUGGUGAUAUAGACUUGCAUGUGAUUCUUAAGGCGGUUCAUAAAACAUCUCUCCGCGAAACCAGUGCUUGCACUUUGAGGGUUUUGGAGGUUAUUUUGAAUUUGAUCGAGCUCUUGUUAGAUAUGGGUGUUUUGAAGCAAUGUUUAAGAGACGAGGCGUUUGCUUGUUCUGCGUCCUUUCAAGAUGGCAGUCCUGGAAAAGCUGGAAUAAAAAUGCCAACGAGUGGAACCAACGCUUCCCUAGGCUUCGAAGCUGACAAAAAUGUUAAACCCAUGACCACACAUAAGAUUAUUAUGAAUGUUAUUGUGAGAGUGUUGAAGCAUCUUGGUUGUCCUCAUGGUUGCGCGGACGGCCAGAGGGGCCCAGCUGCUGAGUUUCUUCGCACCCAGUGCCAGAAUAUUUUCACGAAAAUGAAUAGAGCCAGCGGAAAGCAAUUCAAAGUGUUUCUACGUGACUACGUGAAAUACCACGCUCUUCCGGAAAUCCUGGAGUUUUUCCACGCUUAUGUCGGUUACUGCAUCGAUCCAAACUCACUAUUGUCACCUCUGAGCGUUGGUGGCGGUGGAAUUAGAGGCAUAGAGGGCCAAAUCGUAGGGCACGUCUUCAAACCGCUCGUGACGAGGUUCGUCAACUCCCUCAAGGACAUCAAAACGCAGGAGAAUCUGGGAUUAUAUUGCGAUAUUCGUCAAUUAAUGACUUACAUCAAGGAAGGACAUGGUAGUACCUUUAGGAGAGUAGCCUUGAGUGCUUUAUUGGACACUGCUGAUCGUCCUAGUAAAAAAGAAGUAAACAUGCAAACAACUAGGGUUAUAAGACAUGUCCAUGUAUCUGAUAUGGAAGAACAACAAGAAGUCAAUCCAGAUGCAUCAUUUACCAUUGACGAGAGAGGUGUUAGAAAAUUACUCUUUAAGAAAAGAAGCACGUCGUCUACAUGUGCUUUGAGCAUGAAAAGCUUACUGGAGACCGAAGGUGAAGAUUUUUCCAAAGCAAGUCAAAGUCCUUUAGGCAACUUAAGAAGAAAGCACUACAUCUUGACGCCAAGGCAUAGCGAAAAAGCGUUUCAAAUUUCUGUCGCAUCGAAGAAAAAAUCAAAGUUGGGCGGAAUAGUAAACUGGUUUAAAAAAGGCGACCAAGGAUCAACAGAUGAAGCUGAUAAUAUCGAAAAUGGAGAAUCAUUUACCGAUACCACAAGCUUUUUGAAGCAAACUAAAUUUUAUCAGCAGAAAACAUCAGGAAGAAGUAAUGUGGGCCACACUAUUCAAAAGGCGAAGCGUAGAAUGGAAGAUAAGUUUAAGUUUGUUUUAAAGAAAGGCAAAAAGAAAGAUGGAAGUUUGGAGGAUUCCGCUGGAGGAAUGUUCAGCAGAAAAAACUCUUUCGAGUUUGGUGAAACCUCGAGAGAAUCGGAAUUCGUUAUUCUUAAAGAAAGAAAACUCAUCUCCACAGAUUUGGUCUAUAAUGGAACUUUGCGGCUUUCAUUCUUACUGGAAACUUGUCCACCUGGCUCAGUCCCUGAUGCCCAUCUACUUGCAUCAGUAUUGGACCUUCCCCAUUCAGCCGUUGUGGCGAAAGCAGCUCUUCUUCUGGAGUGCUCCCACUUCGUACAUUGUUGUAAUAAAGGCCAAUGGCCGUCAUGGAUGAAGCUUAACUUCCCAAUGUUCAGACAAUCCGGUCCAUUGCCCGCGAGAGGCCCAAGUGCAGGAGUAAGGAGAUCGCAUAUAAUGCAAAGAUCGGCCGGUAAAAUGUUCCAUCAAUGGGCUGAAGUGUUGGGCCAGCGUUUGGAGGAAUUCAUAAAUGACGAUAAAAGUUUGCAACCGCAAAUUGCUGCGAUGAUUGCUGAUGAACAAAAACAAAAAGAGUUACUGGUUCAUGAUGAAGAAGAAGACUUUCUGGAUGAAGCCAGUAUCUACUCGUAUGGUUCUAGUUGCCCCAUGCCUCUAAGACUAAUCGCUUGUGUUCUGCUACAUGAGAUUACAUCAUUUUUGAGGGAGACAUAUCAGACCCUACCUAAAUCUUCUAGAGUUGCUGGCUCUAAUAUUGGUAAAGACAGACCUCCUCCAUGGGAAAGGUUGUACAGCCGGGAGGCUAAUAGACGGUGGAGUAUGGCUUUAUCAUCCAUGGGACACUCGCAAACUUCAGCUCAAAGUUUGCAAUCAAUUGCUUGUGACAGAGACGCAGGACAAGCAGAAAGAAAAAUAAGCUUUGUUUUACACGAGCCUGAUAAUGAAUCUGAAGGCAGUAGUAACACUACAAUAACUAUGCAACAUAUGAUGCAAGCUGAGGAUAAACGACUGGGCAGUCAAAGCCGGCCGUACUAUUUUAGACGUGGUACAACUGCCCCAACCCCAUCCAGUGGUUCUUUUAAAAGGCGUAGUUUAAAGUUGCGCAGGGGAACCAAAGAAGGCAAAGACAUGGAAUUGGAAUGGAGAAUUCCUGAAACAGUUAAAAGAACAGACUCCAUUCAGUCUAAACGAAAAGUUAGUUCUAUAUCCGAUAGAAGUGACACCUCUGAGCCUGGAAUAGUUGGAGAGGCGAGUGGGGAAGAAUCUCCCGGAGUUUUAAGUGAUGAUCAACCUCCGGAAAGUCCAAGUGAUACUGACACAGACGAUUUCACUAAAAAUAUGCCUUGGUUAAAAACCAUGGUCUUGGUAUCGAACUCCUUCUACUACUUUUGCACGCACCAAAACUUCUGCCAUCCGUUUUGCUAUCGCCGCGUGAUGCGCGGCUGUUCCCGUUUGAUUAAAGCAGUUAGAAAGAUAUACGGCGAAGAGUUUGGAGUGCUCGACGAAAAACUUACCAUGGAUUACGAAGAGAAGAAGAAAAACAAAAAAGAUAAAAACCAAAAUAGGAAAGUAUCAGACCAAACCAGUAGUCAAAUUUCCCCUAUACGUAGAAAAGAUAGUGUCGGAAAGAAAGAUAAAAUCGACAAGAAUCUAAAUGGGUCCCAAAUGAGUAAAUUGGGAAAAGAUUCGUCAAGAGAUAUCGCUGAUUCAGAGGCUGGAACUGAUUCUUCCAAACCUACCAAAGAAGGAAAACCGAAAGAUCCACCACCAAUUCUUAAAUACAUUAAGGGCCAGAUCAAAAACGCUUUUCAUGCACCUCUAGCGGUUCUCUUGAAAGGUGCAGCAAUUUUAUCCGAAGAACAUUUUGUGGAAAUUGUACCAGUAGCCUGGGAGUUGCUUUUAGAGCCAAACCAAGAGGUUACUGCUUGUGCGGUAUCCAUAUUUAUAUUGGCAGCCGUGAAAGCUCCACAAGUUGUUUCAGACGUUAUGCAACAUGGAUUAUCCAACAGUGAUCCUGCAGUUAGGAUAAAUGCCAUAUUAAGGUUUCAAGUGUUAUGGAAAAUGAGGUACCAAGUAUGGCCGAGGAUGGAAGAGGGUGCUCAUGUCCUCUUCAAAGUCCCACCUCCAGGAAUCGAGUUUACCCUUCCAUCUCCAAAGAUUGGAAUCGAGUCUCUGGACGUUGUCGACUCACCAUGGGAGCUAUCGGUCAAAACUAAAGUCGAGGAAGUGACCAUUAAUCAAGAAAGACACAGAUCAUUAGUGACAGCUACAAAAACUAGGAAGAAGGAGAAAACUGAGUUAAUAAAAAUGGCUUUACAAGCUCAGGAUGACAAAAAACGAGAAGAAAGAGAGAAUUUCUUGAUUACCACCAUUCCGAUUACUAUCCAAGCAGCUCACGAACCAAGCUUGUAUCAUACUGGGGAAGACCAUGAAGAAGCAGAUGAUGAGCAAAUAGACGGCCAACCACGGAACACCGGCCACCACUUACAUUCAGCACAUUCCCUGUUUCCCUCCUGCCUUUGUUCGGCAGUAGUUCAGAUAAUAAACCUACUAGAUGACGCCGCAGUGUCUCCAGAUGGCAACGCUGUGUAUGAAGUGGCCUACCAAGUAAUUUGGACCUGUUUGGUGGAAGACAGCGCUCUAUUUUUGCGAUACAUUUUGGAAAGACUCACCAGAGAGAAGCAGGAAGUGAUGUUCAAAAUACUAAGGCAUCUGAUCAGGUUUAUCCCGAAGCUUCCGCAACAGGCCGCCUUCGCUCUGUAUAACUAUAUAAUUGGUUAUGUUAUGUUUUACGUCAGGAGCCCUCACGAGGAGGGGCAAUACAUGAUUGGGGCUGCCUUAUCUCUGCUCUGGAUGGUUGUCCAUAGCGUUCAUGGUAUAAUGUUCAAAGACCUGAAACAAAUCUUAAGGAAAGAGCAAUGUGAUGCCUCGAUAUUGCUAACGGCGAAUGUACCAUCAGCAAAAAAAAUUAUCGUUCACGGUCCCCAAGAUCCAGAUGCUGGCGGUAUACCGUCACAGUUCCCUGUCCAAGAAGACACGCAGUUCUGUCAAAUAUUAAGGGAAGCUUUGGAUUUUUUCGGCAUCGAUGAAGUCAAACAGAAAGAGUUUUUCUUGGUGGAUUAUAAGACUCAUCAAAUAAGGAAUCCAGCAUCAUACGUACGGGAUUAUUACUUCUUCAAGAGAUCUCAGUACCCACAGCUGGAGCUGGUGCAUAUGAAACCCGAGACGGCAUUUGACGCUCUUCAGAAACAAGAGCUGCUGCACAAGUUCGUAGAAAUCGGAAAAGUGCUGCUCACAUGGGCAAUUCUAAAGAAUGUCGACAUGGUGGUGCAAAGAGUGGUUUUCCUCCACGAAGAGUUGAUGAAGCUACCCUCGUUUCCUAGAAAAGCACUGGAAUCCGACUUAGACCUCUACAAAGGAGGCAAACUCGGGAAAGAGCUUUUAGGUCUGGACGUUCUGCACAAAUUCAUGUGGGUGCGUUUGAUAGCGAGAAUGUUCGAAGCUAUGGCUGGAAACUUCGCCUACUCCGGAGAUAUUCAUUUGUUCGUGAACGUUUUAAAUGGGGCUGUCAUUUUGCACUCAGAAGACGCUUGUAUCUUAAGGUACGUCAUGGCGACUUACAUCAACGCUGCUUUUCACUUUAAAAACAUAUUUUCCACGAAUGGUUACCUGCUGAUUAUGCCGACGUUGUUGAAGAUUUAUUCGAACCAUCAAACGAAUGCGUUGAUUACCACGACCGUGGAGUACGCUGUCAAGCAGUUUUAUCUCAUGAAUCGAAAACCGUUUAUUUUACAAAUGUUCGGUUCUGUUUCUGCUAUGUUAGAUACAGACGAAGAGGGAACCUAUGGCGAUGCUCAUAAAAUUCAGUCCAGCUGUCUUUUUAAUCUUCUAUUGAGUUUGGAAACCCCUUCACCGGAUCCUUUAAAUAUAGCUGAACUGGUGAAGGAAGAUAAACCUUUGAAAGCGAUCGAUUUUUGCUAUCACGACGAAAAUGAGAUGGUUACUAUUCUCGAUUGCAUUUCCAUGUGCGUAAUGGUGGUAUCAUAUUCAUCUGAAAGCAUGAGAGGUUACCAAAUGCUUAUCAUUCUUGAAGCAAUUUUACCCUGCUACGUGCAACAUAUACAAUUACCAACAUACAAUAAAGAAGGCAAAACAGAAAAGGAAAUCAUACACCAACUAGCAGUUGCUAUGAAGACUUUAGUCAAUAAUUGCGAAGCUUUAACGAAGAGUUACAAUGGCCCUUACCGCUCGAGCCCAGAACACAAAGGUUCCAGCCAAAGAAACUACAGCAGAGGUCCUUACUCCCCAGGAUUCGACUUCGAAGAUGAAUCUCACUCAAAAUUUAUGAGCGAGCAUUCCCGCGCAAAAGUGAUGUAUGAGCACGACGUUGAAGAUUCGGAGGUUUUAAGAGCCGAAUACAGAAGACCACGGGACGUUUUGCUGAGCGUAGUGGGAGAAUUCGUUUGCAGGGCCACCAAUAGAAUGAUCGAGUUGAAUAAAAGGAGUAAUCAGGAAGGAAAGAUCAUUGAAAUGUUGGACAUUAAAUCCCACAUUCGAUUGGCUGACAUAGCCCACACUUUACUGAAGGUCUCACCGUAUGAUCCAGAAUCAAUGGGUUGUAGAGGGUUACAGCAUUACAUGAGCUACAUUCUUCCUUCUACAGAGUGGGCGAAUGAUGCAAUGCGUCCGGCUUUGGUUACAAUCUUGAGGAGGCUUGAUAAAGUUUUCCAGAAGAUAUCCAAGAAACCUUCAAUCAGGCGUAACACUGAUUGGGACGCAGCCGCUGGACUACUCAAGGGAAUAUAUGACACCAUGAUAAAAUACCCCUACAUCAUUCAUUGGCAGCAUAUUAAAGGAUUGAUAAAUACUUGCCAGUCUUUAAUCGUUAGCGAUUCAAGUGCAUCAGAAGGCGUUUCAUCAGCGACAGCUGCAUUGAUGAGCCAGGCGCCUCCACAACAUUUUUGCUCCAUGGUCGUCAGAUUAAUCGCCUUACAAAUUCAGAACGUUCCGGACACAUCCACUUUGGAACAAGUCUGCGGAGGAAGCUCGACAUUCCCUUCCCAGGACAAAACGGAAAGCAUGAUAAUGAACCUCGUCAUGCCUCUAUGCUUACGCGUGGGCAGCGGCAGAAAAGACGUCGCCCUCAUGAAAAACAACGACGUGAGCUUCGCCUUGACCUUCAUCCUGCACGCGAUGAGCCCCCCGAGUUUUUCCUCCGGGCCGAACGUCAAGGCCGCCCCUGAGCCGAGGACCGGCAGCCUCACUUUCACCGGAACCAGGGACACCAAGGCGGCGUCCAAGAUCAACACGUCGCUGUAUCAAGUCGCCUUUCUGGCCUUGAAGAUUAUGACGAUAUGUUUUGAGGGCGAGCUGAUGACCGAUUGGUCCAGAAUCGCGAGGACUAUGCGGGAGCUCGGGAAGAGGAAUGAGGCGGCUUCCUUUCUGUGGGACUUCUUGGAUUUCGUCGUCACCCACAGGACCCCGCUCUUCAUUAUGAUGCAACCGUUUAUAUUUCAAAAGUUGGCACAACCUCCAAUUUCCGACUUCGAAAGAAACAUCCAUUCAAAAAUAAGAGACAAAAUGAGAAGCAUUGGCCUUCCAUUCCCCAAAAGUAGAGGAGCUCUUCUUAUGGAACUAGCGCACCAAAUGAAGACCUUAAAAGAAGAAUUGGAUGAAAGUUCUAUUGAAACUGAACCGAAAAAAGACGCCAAAGAGGCAACUCUGCACACUGUCAACGAAACUGGAAAACAGCGGCAUUCUUUGAUUGGUUUGUUUACCAGCGACCAUUCAAAACAAGUCACUGUCGAUCAACAUGGUAACGCUAUAAAAGGAUUAAAAUGCAAACCGGCAGAAACGUAUGUCAACUGGAGAAGGGUUUUAAGGAAGCUAGAAACGGCGACAUUAACGAAUCAGGGAUCGACGUCGAAUCAGGUUCAGGUUCAGGCAGCUCAGGCUUCGCUUGAGGUUUGCGAAGAAAAUGGAUCGACGGGGCCUCAAAACGCUGCUGAUCGUACGUCACAAAGGUCCUCAGUGAGCGAAGACCAUGGUCCUGCGCCCACAACCACCACCACAGUCCCUAAAUCAGAAUCCAUUUUGUCACACAAGGCGCAUAAACUACGCUUUGUAUCUUCCGUAGAAUUUAGACAUUCCUCAGGUGAAACCUCUACCACACCAUUAAGUCCAGAAAGUCCAGUGGAAGACACUUCCGCUGACACACCAAACAAAUCCAGAUUACAACGAAUCAAACCACAAAGUCGUAAAACGUUCCGCCUCAGGAAAAGCAAGAGAAGCAGCAAGGAAGUUAGUCAUACGAAACUUGAAUCGGAAGACCAGCCUUCAAGCCCACAGCAGACCCCAAUCACAACACCACAGUCAUCGAAAGAUCUCCCUACUCCAGUGAAAGCAGUUCCCCCAAUUUUGCACCAAUCAGCUCCGGAUUCGCACAAGUUACGGAUAGCCACUAGGACCAAAAUAACGGAAGGGUCUUGGGACGAAGAUAGCGCCAUCUCCCACACCUCCAGCACCGGUUACAAGGAGUCAUAUCCGGUUAUGCAUCUGAAGGAGCCGCUGGAAACAAGCCCCAAGCUUUUCCCCCCACUCGCCUCCCCUGAUAUUCACGAUUUACCCAGUACCAGCAGUGCAGCGACAACCAACAAUUUCAUGCACUGCACUGAUAACAGCUCUCCCGAUUGCUCCCUAAAUGGAAACGAAGAAAAAACUGCUUUGAUUAAGAAGGAUGAAGAUGAGAGAGAGCGGUCACCGUCCCAGCAUUCUCUUCUUUUGGCUUUCGAUAAACAAGACGAGACUACCCUUAUAUAGAAAUACAAAUAAGCCAAUUAGUAACUGUUUUUGUUAGAUCGCACGUUGCGAAGUAGCCAUAAAUGUUGAGUAGUUGGUAAGUUAGUAAGCAAGUUUAAGAAGACUGAAUUUACCGAUUGUUAUGAGGGUUAAAUGUUAAAUGUACCUAAUAAACACA